GAAUAGAACCCAAAUACAUGGAAGUCUUGCCUACAGUUCCUCCAAAUCGGGACUAAAUUCCAUGACUAAGGUACUUGAGUGACGUGUAUGCGAACACGUUCUCGGGCUCAUAAGGAAGCAUUGGUUAAGGAAGAAACGAUAGUGAGUACUACAAUGGAUGAUCAACCACCAGCAGUUAAUGAUACUAAGGCUCUUAAGACUUUCUCUGAGCCGAAAAUCAAUGACAUUCAGUCGAGCAUUGUCAGGCCAGCGAUUCAGGCCAACACUUUCGAAAUCAAACCUAGCACUAUUCAGAUGGUACAGAACUCAGUACAGUUUGGGGGUUCUCCGACAGAGGAUCCUAAUAUGCAUAUUCGAGACUUCAUUGAGAUCUGUGACACUUUCAAGUUCAAUGGUGUUACGGAAGAUGCCAUUAAAUUGAGGCUGUUCCCGUUUUCUCUGAGGGAUAAAGCUAAGGGAUGGUUGCAUUCUCUUCCUGCAGGAUCUAUUACGACAUGGGAGGAUCUGGCUCAGAAGUUUCUUACUAAGUUCUUCCCUAUGGCCAAAACAGCUGCAAUGAGGAAUGCUAUCACUCAAUUCUCUCAGUUAUCUGGUGAAACUUUAUGUGAAGCAUGGGAACGCUACAAGGAGAUGCUGCGAAAGUGCCCACAUCAUGGGAUGCCUGAUUGGAUGGUGAUUAAUUGCUUUUAUAAUGGCUUGGGUCCUCAAUCGAGACCAAUGCUCGAUGCAGCAUCAGGUGGAGCUCUAUUGACUAAGAGUUAUGAGGAGGCUUAUGAGUUGAUCGAGAUGAUGGCUGCAAAUGAAUAUCAGAAUCCUACUCAGCGUCUUCAUCAGGGCAAAGUAGCAGGGAUUCUGGAUGUUGAUGCUACUACAGCCUUGACUGCGCAAAUCAAGGCUCUUACUAUGAAGAUGGACUCUUUGGUAAACUUGGGGAUUCAUCAGCCACCUUCAGUUUGUGAGCUUUGUGCGGGUACACAUUCCACUGAUCAGUGUGCCAUAUCUAUCGAGUCAGCUCAGUUUGUGACCAAUUUUCAGCGAUCUCAGCAGCCAGCUCCGGCUACUUAUCACCCGAAUAAUCGAAAUCAUCCGAAUUUCAGCUGGAGCAAUAAUCAGAACUUCAUGCCACAACAGCAACAACAGUUUCAGCAGUUUCAGCAGCAAGGAGCUAGACCUUUCAACCCUUCUGGUUUUCAACAACAGUUUGCACCGAAGCAGCAAUUCCAUCCACCUGGAUUCCAGCAACAAAAUCAUGGGGUGGCUGGACAGUCUUCCAACGAAAGAUCUGAAUGGGAAGAGAUGAAAUUAAUGAUUAAAAGCCAAGCGGUGUCAAUCAAAACUUUGGAGAAUCAGAUUGGGCAGAUUGCUAACGCGUUGAUAAACAGACCACAAGGAACGCUUCCUAGUGAUACCGAGGCCAAUCCGGGUAAGAAAGAGAUGAAGGAACAGGUACAGGCUGUCACCUUAAGGUCCGGAAAGGUUACGAAGGAAAAAGAAUCAGCAACAGAGCAAAACAAGGAAGAGAGUGAUCAACAGGUUGAAACACUCGAGCUCUCAUCUAAGUCAGAUAGUGAAAAAACUGUUGUUGAAGCUGACAAGAAUAAAAUCAACGAGGAAGCAAGCAAGGAUUCAGCCGAGAAAUCUAGCCCGAAAGUUGAUAUUGGGGUCAAGCAAGUAUAUCCACCUCCACCUUUUCCGAAGAGACUUCAGAAGCAUAAGCUCGAUAAGCAAUUCGCUAAAUUUCUAGAAGUUUUCAAGAAACUACAAAUCAACAUACCUUUCGCGGAGGCUCUAGAACAAAUGCCGAGUUAUGCUAAGUUCAUGAAAGGUAUUCUAUCUCGGAAACUCAAACUUGAGGACUUGGAGACUGUGGCUUUGACCGAGGAGUGUAGUGCUGUGUUGCAGCAGAAAUUGCCUCCGAAGCUGAAAGAUCCGGGAAGCUUCACAAUCCCGUGUACCAUUGGCAAGUUAUCUUUCGACAAGUGCUUGUGUGACUUGGGAGCUAGCAUCAAUCUGAUGCCGUUGUCUGUCUUCAAGAAACUUGGGCUGCCGGAGCCGAAACCUACGAACAUGUCAUUACAACUGGCUGAUCGGUCCAUCACAUACCCGAGAGGUAUAGUGGAAGAUGUCUUGGUGAAGGUGGAUAAGCUCAUCUUCCCUGCUGAUUUUGUCAUUCUAGACUUUGAGGAGGAUGAGAGGAUUCCCAUUAUCUUGGGAAGGCCUUUCUUAGCUACAGGCCGAACUUUGAUCGAUGUGCAAAAGGGAGAGCUUACAAUGAGAGUUCAAGAUCAGAGUGUCACUUUCAAAGUGUUCAACGCAAUGAAAUUUCCAACUGACGAAGAAGAAUGCUUUAAGGUGGAGCCAAUAGAAGCUGCAGCUCAUCCAGAAAUUGACCCAAGGCUGAAAACUGACAUCUUGGAAAGGGUUCUAACAGGUGAAGCUGAAUUCGGAGGUGAAGAGGAAGCAGAGCAACUUCAGUUCUUGAAUUCAUCUCCAUGGAAGAGGAAGGUUGGUAUUCCAUUCAAGUCUCAAGGAGUAACAGAGCUUAAAAAUGUUCAGGAGCAUCUUAAACCAUCUAUUGAAGAAGCUCCCAUACUCGAACUCAAACUACCACCGGAUCUCUUAAGUGAUGUGCAAUUUAGAAGGUUGUCACGGCGCAUAGAUGACAUGCAUGACAUUCACCGCCGUUUUGCAAAGGAUUUGACUCAGGCUCUUGGGAGUGCUUUUCGAGCUAUUGGUGUGGAGGUUGAUUGGCCAGUGUUUGGAAAUGGCAUGGUAUAUUCACCACCUGAUCCUCCACCCGAGGAGGGUGAUCAUCCCGACUUCUAGGUACAUUCGAUCCUUUUUAUCACCUUCAAUGAGGACAUUGAAUAUUUUAAGUUUGGGGGUGGUAAUCUAAGGACUAGUAGUAGUGCAUGUUCAUAUAGAUUGCAUGUUGCAUAUAGUUUAGCGUAUUAUCGCAUAUAGUUGCAUAUUAGUAGUUUUUUUAUAUAUGCUUGUGUUUAGUAUGUGUUAGUAGUUGCAUAUAGUUGCAUUUGCAUGAAUCUUGAAGUUGUUUUACAAGUUGAUGUCCUAUGAUGAGUUUAUGUGCAUAAUUUCUUGGCUAGUAGUCUUGAUCGCAGGUGAUGCCUUGUUACUUGGAAACUACUUGUGUGAAAAUUGUAAUUACACUUAUGCUCUAGAGAUUAGACUUAGACUAACUUAUUUCUUGAGUCCUUGCGUUGAGUCGGGCGUAGAGUUUGGAAUAUUCCCUUUUUGAACUUAGAGCUUGUAAAUCUUAAGUUUGGGGGAGUUAAGGGAUGAACACGCCUUUCUGAAAGAAAAAAAGAAAAAAAAGAAAAAAAAAGAGAAAAAAAAAGAGAAAAAAAAAAGAGAAUAAAAUUUAUCAAGUACUCCUUUGAGAUCAAUGGGUAGAAUGCAAUGCCAUGUGAAAGGGACGAUCCAUGUACUUGUGCUGGUAUUAAGUGCAGAUGUAUUAGAAAUAAGCAAUUUCUUGGUGACUUUUCACAGCCCUUGAUUACUGGAGAAUUACUUGAGUAUAAAAAAAAAAAAUAGAAUAAGCGAAGUCGAAUGGCGGUUGUGACUCACUUGCACUGAGGAGCGUCCCACCCUUAGACUUAGCAAGAAAAGAAAAAAUAUAGAAAAAAAAUAGGAGAGGCAUAGGAAUUCUUGAGUGACCCUAAAUUUUAGUUGACUCGUUAGUAAAGAAGUGUUUAAACCUGAUUCUGAUUAACGGCUCAUAGUGAGGACUCUGUUGAAGUUUGAUGGUCUUUGUUUUGUUUCACUAGAGAGCAUGCUAGCACACACGAUGCACUUCACACUUGUUAGUGGAAGAGAACAUGGCAAAUAUGUGAAAGAGAUGAAUGCCGAGAAUGUUGCAUAUUCUGAGGGUUAUAUGUUAACAAGGAGUACACUUCAGGAUUCAUUUAGAUGUAGGCAUUUAGUUGCAUUCAUGCAUUAUUAGUAGUGUUUGUGUGUGUGUCUAUGCUUGAGGACAAGCAUCGGUUUAAGUUUGGGGGUGUGAUAAGUGGAUUUCAUAUCCACUUGGAAGCUUUCGUUUUGACUUAAAACGAUGAAAUGGCCUCAAGCUUUUGGUGUUUUUGAUAUUUUUUUAGUGUUUUUUUGUGUAGGUUCUUGGAAGGAGGACGAAGAGGAGAAUCAUAGCUUUCAUUGAAAAAAAACGGGGAAGCAAUCGGAUGCCCGAGGAGAGAGUUAUGGGCAAAGAAGCAUUCUGCCACUGUGAGGCCCCGGCCUGAGAUGUGAGGCCCCGGCCUGAGCUGUGAGGCCCCGGCCUGAGCUGUGAGCGGGAUUUUUGGCCCGUUUUGACCGUUUUUGAUCCGUUUGAAGGCCCGUCCGUUGGGGAAGUACAAGAAAAACUUGGGGGAUUAAAAACAGAACCUAGAAACAUUCUAGGGAGCACGUGACGGCUACGGAGAAGAUCGAGAUCGAAUUUCAUAGCUUUUUACUUUUGUAAUUCUUCGAAGUAGGUGUAACUUUGGAUGCUCGUUUCGGAUUUGUCUCUUAACUCUUAUUCUCGUACUUUAACUUUGUUUUUCAUGUUCAGUACCAUGUUUACAUUCGAACCCAUGAUGAUGAGAAGUUCGAUUAUGAGCUAAUCAUUAUCGUGGGAUUCUAGCGGAUUUAUAUAUGGAUUUCAGUAGUUGAUUUGCCUUAAUUAUUUA